CUUUCCCACAAGGGGAUUUUGAAGCUUCUAUAUAUUUUUUUUCAGAUCGGUGACUUCGGUUUGGCCAGAGAAUUUGGUGAUCCUUUGAAACCCUAUACACCUGUUGUUGUCACUCUAUGGUAUCGUUCUCCUGAACUUUUACUGGGUAUUAAGGAGUACUCCACUUCUGUAGAUAUGUGGUCAUGUGGUUGUAUCUUUGCAGAAUUCCUAAAACUAAAACCUUUAUUCCCCGGGAAAGGAAAUUUAGAUCAGAUUAAUAAGAUUUUUCUUGAAUUGGGCACUCCUAAUGAGAGGGUAUGGCCUGGCUAUAGUAGUCUUCCAGGGCCGCAAAAAAUGAAGUUCGAACUUCAUGAGCAUAAUCAGUUAAGACGAAGGUUCCCAUCAAACGUUUUGGACGAAAGCGGUUUUGAACUUCUAAAUAAAGGUUUGCUUACAUACGACCCAAAGAAACGGCUUUCUGCAAAAGAUGCUUUAAACCACAUUUGGUUCAAGCAGGAGCCGUUACCGACGCCGACAGAUAUGUUUCCGACAUGGCCAGCGAAAAGCGAAUUGGGCAAAACGGUUCCGAAGAGCCCAGUCUCGAAGACAGCAGCCAGUCCAAAACAGACACGUGACGAAAAACUCUAUCGAGAGCUGAAGGUUGAACCUCCUAAAAAAGAAGCAACAUGCUUCGCUUUAAAAUUUGAUGCACCGAAAUUUAAAUGA